AUGGAGAUGCCGAUCCCUUCCCCGUCCGCUGGCUCGCGCGACUCCCACGACCUGUCCUUGUCGCCCCGCGAUGUGACCCGUGACUCGCUCGUCACGAACAUGCUCUUGUCCCUGGACCAACUCUCCAUGGGACAGCAGCAGCAGCAGCAGCAGCAGCAGCAGCGACAUCCCCCACGCCGCCGACAACACCACCAUCACCAUCAUCAGCACGCCGAGCCCGCCGGCGUGGCCGCUGGCCGUGAUGCGUCGCCAUCGACCAAACGGCCCACAAGUUCGAAAGCGAAACUGACGAGCGGUCAGCACGUCCACCGUCGCAACGGUUCCCACGCCUCCGACUCGAGCCGUUUUUCCUCCACCCACCAGGGCACGCCUGCCUCCAGCAGCACCGUCCGCGAGAGCAAAAACAAGAGCGACAAGACGACCAACGGCAAAGGCGGCAAGAGUAGGGGCAGGAGAAAGAGCAAAACCAAGAGCAAGCAAGAACGAGACGCGACCUACCAUCAUCGGCCGACGACCCCGCCGCCUACCGCCUACAGACGAAGCGGCACCGACGUCGACGGGAGCAUCGACGGCGAGCAGCGCCCGGUGGCGGCGACGAUGCAGCCGCUCAUCACCUCGUCCCCCUUUCGCGUCGACUUCCCCAAAUACGACGACGACGACGACGACGACGACGACGACGACGACGACGACGACGACGGCACCUCGGCCCCGACCCCGACAGUCCCCAUCGGGCCACGCCGUGUCCCCUCCGACCUCGCCAUCUCCCUCAUCCCACCCCCUCCUCCGCCCAAGCCUAGCGCCUCGCAAACGACGGAACGCAGGCGUAGCACGAUCCGCUCGUUCAAGGACUCUCCCCGCCAGGGCAGGCGAGCCACGAGAGCGACUGCCAUGGCGAGCCCCGAGUUCGACUCGGCUCCUGCCCCGAGCGUCGGCUAUGGCAAGUCCAACGAGUCGGACGCGACGCCCGCCAAGGAGAGGCAAGGCUUCUUCCGCCGCGUCUUCGGCGGCGGCGCCUCCUCCAGGAACGCCGGCGGCAACCUGGCCACCUCUGGCGGCGCCGGCGGCAACGUCACCACCACCGGCAACGGCAGCGGCAGCAGCAACGCCGCCUCCUGCCCGCCACGCCUCGCUUCGUCCAGCCGCCCCGACAGGUCGCGCCAGCAGGGCCAAUCCGAUCCUGCGGCGGCUUCUUCGUCCCGGGAUGCGUCGUUGCAUUGCCAGCCGCCGCUGCAGAAGAAGUCCUCGACCGCCUCCUUCUUCCGCCGACGAAGGAAAGCCGACGCCGACGACGCACCCGCCACGCCGGCCAAGGACACGCCUCGCCGGCCACCUCCCUUCGAUCCCGUCGUCCUGCCGGCGCCCGAGGAGCAUCCGCCGUCGGCGCCGCGGAGCCCUGCCGCGAGCUUGCGGGACGCCAUGAGUCCUUACCUCACCGAUAGCCCUACGCCCACGGGAUCAAGCCUCGUCGGGCCCCCCUCGUCGGAGUCGCCGGCAGACGUCACCGGCAGCCCCGGCACGACGGCUGCGGCCCGCGACGGCUAUAGGAAGGACUUCUCUCCCGAGUACUCGCACGAGCUGAGCCCGAACGCACGCAUCCGCACCGUCCGUCCCGACACGGAAGCCGAACCGGUCGAGAAUCCGGAAACACCAUCGCGACCGGCCCCGGCACCGCCCACCCAAACGGCCGGGUCGAACAAGGAAAAGGUUUCCUUCCGCAAGGCUGACGGCGGCCUCGGCCUCAACCUUGACCUCGACGUCGACGCCGGCAGCGAGUUCGAAACGGAAGUCGAGGACAAACAUGGCACCUCGCGACGACGCCAGAGGGCGAGCGUGGCCCGUGACGGAGACAAGGACAAGGACGGCAAGAAAACGGCCAAGUUGCAGGAUGGCAAUGACGCGAGCGCCUUUCUUCAUCGCGGCAAGAAGUGCGCUUUGGUCUCGUCCGAGCCAACAGGUCACGAGCCCCUUCGGCCCAACCUCGUCCCGUCGAUGGAUGGCUCCAGCCUCGCCUCGAGCUCCACAGACGCAGGUUACCGAACGGCCCCAAGCGCCCCCCCGAGCGUCCGCGUCGACAGUGCCGGCGACCGCAGUCCCACGAUGCUGGGCACCCCCAAAUUGAUGAAGUCGUACGAAUCCCUCGACGAACCCGAGUGUGACGCCGGCGAGCCCACCGACGACGACCGCCAAAAGGCGCGAAGCGUCUUCGAUGGAUGCGAAGAUUUCGUCCCGAAACCCAAGGCCGCCGCCUGGUUGGGCGAGGAGGGCCCCGGCCGUCAACGAACGCUGCAGGCCUACAUGGAGCUGCACGACUUUACCGACCAGGGCGUCCUGGCCGCCAUGCGCAGCCUCUGCGGCCGGCUGGUCCUGCGCGCCGAGACGCAGCAGGUCGAUCGUAUCCUCGUGGCCUUCUCCAAGAGGUGGUGCGCCUGCAACCCGCGACACGGGUUCAAGGCGACCGAUGUCAUACACAUGAUUUGCUACUCCAUCAUGCUGCUCAACACGGACCUGCACCUCGCCGACAUCGAGCAGAAGAUGACGCGCAGCCAGUUCGUCAAGAACACCAUGACGACCAUCGCCCACGCCGCCCACGAGUCGGCGCCUGCCGCCGCCACCAACGGACGUCCCACCAUCCUUCCGGAGAAAUCGUCGCUGCUGAGCGGCGUGCAGGGGCGCUCGUCGCCCGACUACGACCGGUCCAGCCUUCGAUAUUCCUUCCGCCCUCUCGCACGUUCAGACCCCCACGGCGGCGACGUGGACGACUGCGGCCCGCUCGUCAAGGCGCCCUUUCACGGGUCCAUGCGAGCCUGGGAGGAGCAGGUCGAGGUCGUGCUGAAGAACAUCUACGCCUCCAUUCGCGACCAGCGUUUGCCGCUGUUUGGUGCCGAGGCCGAGAGGCAGGUCGUCUCGCCCACCCUCCCGCCGGGCAACCUGUCCGUCAUCUCGAUGCUGAGGAGGAGCCCGAGCGUCCUGAGCAAGGCGCCGUCGGAGACGCAGCUCUCGAGCCGCGGUCGGGUGACGGACGGAAGGGGCACGGCAUCCUCCCGAUGGACCUCCAAGAGCCGUUCGCGCCCCGGCCUCGGCCGCACCGGCCUCUCGUCGAGCCGCACGAGCUUCGACGACGGCAACUCCAUGUGGAGCCACACCAUGUCGACGGCCACCUGGAGUCGGUAUUCGCUGGGCCGGACCCAGGGAUCCAUGUCGCAAGACUCGUUCGCCUCCUCCGUACCCCGCGGCGACUAUAAGCAGUCGAUCGGCUUCGCCAACGCGCUGAGCCAGGCCAUCAUCCGCGACGAGGACGCCAGCGGCCACGAGCCGUCGUUCCCGGCCGCCGACGCGCCGCCGGCACCGUGUCUCGCGGACGAGUCGCUCGAGCUGGCCGGCCCGCCGUGGGUGAAGGAGGGCCUGGUCACGCACAAGCACCACCUCGACGGCGUCGGCAAGAAGGCCAAGGAACGCAACUGGAACGAAGUCUUCGCCGUCAUCCAGAAGGGGCAGAUGAGCCUGUUCUCCUUCACGUCCCACAAGUCGAUCCGUCAAAAGGGCCGCUCCCGGAACGGCGGGAAGCCGAGCGGUCCCGUCGGCGGCGGCAACUGGCAGGACAACGCGCUGAGCCUCGGCACCUUCAGCCUGCGCCUGACCCUGGCUUCGGCUCUUCCGCCGCCGGGGUACUCGAGGAUGAGACCUCACGUGUGGGCGCUGAGCCUGCCGACGGGUGCCGUCCACCUGUUCCAGGUGGGCACGCCCGAGAUAAUUCGAGAGUUCGUCACGACGGUGAACUACUGGAGCGCGCGCCUGAGCACCCACCCGCUCGUCGGCGGCAUCAGCAACAUCGAGUACGGCUGGAGCGAGUCGAUUGUAAGCAACGCAAGCGUCGGCGCUCCUGCCGACGACGAGCCGGCCUCGUCCCUCAACCCGAGCGCCGCGAGGAGCACGCGGCCUGGGAGCAGUGCAGCCCAGCACGGGAGAAGGUCGAGCGUGGCCAGCAGCUUCCGAGCGAGCAGUUUCGACCAGGUGGCCGGGUCGCUGACCCACAGCGGCAGUCGCGGCAAGCUGCCCGGAGAUCGCAUCUACAUCGCUGAAUGGGCGCCGCCGACGCAGAGCAUGCGUCCGAGCAGCGCAACGGAAGCGGCCCAGCUCGAGAAGCUGACGGUGUAUGUGAAGAGGAUCGAGGAGGACCUGCAGGCUCACAACCAGCUCCGGAGUCGGAUGCUCCUGGCCUUCACACCGAGGGGGCAGAACGCGAGCAAGGCCAUGGCCAACUGGGAGCGCAAGAGCGCAUACCUUUUGCGAGAGAUUGUCAAGUUCCGAACCUACGUCGACUGCCUCCAGCAGGCGGAGGCGAGGAAGCAGAGGGUGUACACCGAACGAGACCUUGAGCGCGGCGCGGCGAGGGGUGAUGACAGCGACGAUGAAAUGGCUGCUGGUGGCGUCGACGGCGACGACGAGGAAGAUGGCGACGAGACGCUCAGGCCAUGA